CAUAGAUGUAUUGAUCAGAAAAUCUUAAAUUUAAAAGACCGUUUAAUCUUGUAUUUUUUAGCCUUUCUUUCUUCUUUCUUUUUCUCUAAGCCAUGUCAACCACACAAACCAUCGUUGUGCUUAUUUCGGGCUCUGGAACAAAUCUACAAGCAUUGAUUGAUGCUACACAACAAGGACAAUUAAAAGCCAAGAUUGUCGGUGUUAUCUCUAACAGAAAAGCUGCUUUCGGUCUUGAGCGCGCCAAGAAAGCAGGCAUCCCCACAGAAACACUCUCGCUAAAACAAUUCAAGGAUCAAGGCAAGACUCGUGUGGACUUUGAUAUUCACCUUGCAAAGACAAUCCAAAACUAUAAGCCCGACUUGGUGAUUUUGGCUGGUUUUAUGCAUAUUUUGUCUCCCGAAUUUUUGUCGUUCUUUGACAAUAAUGUGAUGAAUUUGCAUCCUGCCUUGCCUGGUCAGUUUGAUGGUGCUCAUGCCAUUGAACGUGCUUACGAAGCCUAUAAAAAGGGAGAAAUUACACAUACAGGUAUUAUGGUUCAUAAAGUCAUUGCUGACGUGGAUCGUGGACAAGUCAUCCUUCAGAGAGAAGUGCCUAUUUAUGAUACAGACUCACUUGAGGAUCUUGAAGAACGUAUUCAUUCUUUUGAGCACAAAUUGAUUGUAGAAGGUGCUCAGUUGUUUUUGAAUGAAUUAAAGCAAUAAUAAAUGUACAUAA